UGUUGGGCACUGGAAAAAGAUCGAAGCCGAUGAUCUUAACUGAACCUCCAAUUCCUACAGCCGCGCCGGCGCCGCCCUGGAUCGAACUGCCCGAUGAUUUGACGGCGAAUAUCCUGCAAAGGUUGGGUGCUGAGGAGACGCUCGAGAGUGCGCAGAAAGUGUGUACCACAUGGUGGAGAGUCUGCAAGAAUCCCAUCACGUGGCGCGUGAUUGAUUUGGAUUAUAGACGUUGCGCUGCCAGCAAAUUUGACAAAAUUUGCCUAUGUGCAGUGGAUCGUAGCCAGGGACAAUUGGUCGAACUAAAGCUUUUCUGUUACGAAGCGGAUGACUUCCUAAACUACGUAGCCGAGAGAUCAAAUCAGCUUCGAUGCCUUACACUUACAGAGAAGGAUGUACUCGGAACUGCUUAUGCUAAGGCAAUAAUGAAACUCCCACAAUUGGAAGAGUUGCACUUUAUCAAGAUGGAUACUGUCGGUCCCACUGACUUUGAAAACAUUGGCAUCUCUUGCCCCACGUUGAAAUCACUUACAUUUAGCAACAGUUGGAAUGAGCAUCUAGAAUUUACAGAGCACGCUGUCGCAAUUGGAAAAACCAUGUCUAAUCUGUGCCAUCUCCGACUUAUUGGACAGAGGAUGGAAAAUAAGGGACUGGAAGCGAUCCUCGAUGGCUGUCCCCGCCUUGAAUCACUUGAGCUUCAGCGAUGCUCCGGUCUUGAUUUGGAAGGGGAGCUAGGCAAAAGAUGUUCCGACCAAAUAAAAGAUUUGAGGCUCCAUUUUGAGGAUUCUGCCUCUAUGGGUUAUUUGGGUUGGAUUAUGAAACAAAUUCAACCACAACUAACUGAGCUUAAGGGAAUAAUUUUUGGAUGAUGAAUGACAAUGAAUAUGGGAAGUCUAAAUAUGAUC